AUGUUUGGACAAGAGGUAGGUAGACACUGUUACAGGAGCAGCCAUCUCGCUGACAACACUUUUAUAGGUGGAACUGAUCUGGGUGAGCGGACUCUCGCAUCAAAAGAACGACGUGAACAUUACUAUCUACUCGCCUGUCCCACGUAUCAACGAGCACGCCAUUCAUUGUCCAACGCGCUGGGCCGUCAAGCUGCAUCCCUCUCCUACAUCCUAACUGACCCCGCAGCUACCCCCCACUUGAUCAGAUAUGUUAACGCUACCGGCCGCAUGAAAGCCAUCCUUGGUGAAAUCCCGCUUCCCCGCCCACCUGCCCGCUGA